AUGGCUGGGCCCCAAGUACAAGCAAUAUUUGAAAUGCUAGCUAAUACUGGAGGUGACGAUGACUUCAAAACAGCAGUUGAAAAACUGACAGAAUAUUUCAUGCCAAAGAAAAACCUCGAGUACGAGAUUUAUAUAUUUUGCCAACCCCGACAAAUGAUUGACGAAACAUUGGAUCAGUACCACACGCGCCUUCGAAAGCUUGCUACAACAUGCGAGUUUACCGAUGUUGAUCGAGAAAUUAAAACACAAAUAAUACAAAGCUGCGUUUCUACGCAUCUUCGGAGAGAAGCGCUUUGUGAUUCAAUGCUUACUCUGAGUGCCUUACUUGCUGAAGGUCGUUCCUUCGAAGUAAGUGAAAAACAAGCUAAAGGCAUCGAGAAAUCCCUUGCAGCUGUCAAGAUUGACGAAAAACUCCCUACUGAAAUCGACGAUAGUGUGAAUGUCAUUCAACAUCAACAACGCCAACAACCGCCGUUCGCUCGUCAGGAAACACUGAAACGCAAGUGUUAUUAUUGCGGGUUAGACUAUCCCCACAAGGACAAUAGCUGCCCAGCUUAUGGCAAAGAAUGCUCGUUUUGUCAUAAGAUGAAUCAUUUUGCAAAAGUAGUCAAAAUCGAGAUCAACAUAAAUUUCCUCGACAGCCUCGCUCAUCACGCCAAUUCAACAACUCUUCAAUUAACACUGUUAAUAGACAGCACACUGACAAUGAAAGCAACUCAUCCUCGGAAGAUGAAUACAUCUACACAGUGA